AGCGUGAAUUCCAGGUGGAGUUGCUUCCUCUCAACUGCUUCAACUGACAAUUAACUGAGCUCAUCUCCAAAAUCCAACACUGGCCGCUCACUUGAGCCAUCAAGGGAAAGUUAGCUAAACUGAUCCAUAAAGAGAGAGACGAUACACGCCAACGCACGCCUUGAGCGUCGCAGCUCCAAGCCUGCCCACCAUGACCGCAAACACGCUGGGAACGGCACCGCCGGCGCCUGUAUUCAGGGCAGUGACAAGCUCCACCAGGCCUCUCUACCAGCUGCUCAGGACCAUCAGCUUCACCAACAAGGUGCACGUCGAGAUCACGGGCGAGGGCAUCAGGUUCAUGGCCGAGCACGCACGCGUCAUGCAGGGCGUGGCAUCGCUGAACAAGGCCCUCUUCAGCACCUACGCCCUCAACCUGCUGGCGCCAGAGGACGACGACGACGACGACGAGGCCAGGGCGCCGCUCCCUCCCAGCUUCCAGAUCUCGCUGCCGGCGCUGAUGGAGACGCUGCAGCUCUUCGGCACGGCCGACGCGGCGGCGCGGCAGGCCAAGGCCGACACGGACCCGUACCGCAGCAACCUGCGCAACUACCGGCCCGACGCCUUCAUGCACCAGAACCUCGGCGUGGCCGGCACGUGCUGCCUGUCGUACCAGGACGAGGGGGCACCCUUCAGCGUGGCCAUGGACGAGGCCGGCGUCAGCACCACUUGCAACAUCGUCACGUACCUGCCCGAGGCUCCCGACGAGAUCCCCUUUGACCGCGACGACCUGUCCUUCAAGAUCAUCAUGCAGAGCCGCUGGCUGCUCGACGCGCUCGCCGAGCUGGCGCCCAACUCGCCCACGCGCCUGACGGUGGCCGCCUCGCGCCGCGACCCCUACCUGCGCCUGACGGGCAACGGCCCGCUCGGCAGCUCGGCCGUCGACUUUGCGCGCGGCCGCGACCUGCUCGAGACCCAUUCGGUGCGCGAGCGCUGGCGCCAGAGCUUCAAGUUCGACGUGGUCAAGUCGGCGAGCGAGGCCAUGCGCAUCUCGAGCAAGGUCAGCCUACGCGGCGACGGCCAGGGCGUGCUGAGCUUCCAGUUCAUGGUCGAGGUCGAGGGCGGCGGCAUGCAGUGGCUUGACUUUCGCUUCGUGCCGUACCUGACGCGCGACGAAGAUGGGGAUGACGACGACGACGACGACGACGGCAGCGACGGUGAGGAUGACGAGGGCGAGGGUGACGGCGCUGGUGGGGACCGAGACGAGGGCCAAGGCAGGUAGUGAGGAGAGAAGAGAAGAAGAAAAAAAUAGCCACUUGCGUUCGAUGCAUACCUCUACCAGGUUAUCCUUUGAUGACUACCUACCUAUUCUUGGCACACGCUUGCUGGUCAGAUUGUGUGCUGGCCAUGUAUGUCCCCCCUCCCCCCCACGUUGAUUCCAACCCUAUGAGCUCCUCUUCUCCAGAGCCACCCCCGACCAACAUCCUACAGCAUCUACCUAAAACAAGAAAAAGAAAAUGCCGGGUGCCGCUCUUGUGCAGCACAGAGACUCUGACCAACAGGCCGGUCAGCAAGGGGGACGGGGAUGCACCCAUGGCGACCUUGCGAGCCGUGACUCUGAGGUCUCACGAACUCUGCCG